UCUCUCUAUUUUCUCCGAUUUUUUCGAGAGAAAAUUCUUUAUCCGAGAAAAUCUCUCACUCACCGACUUAUUUACAUAUAAAAGGCGAAGAAACACAACUAUAGAUGGAUCAUCGGAGAACCGCGAGUCCGGUGUACUCGCGGCAGUGGAGUGGUGGAAGCAGCACGGGGUCCUCUUCUCCUGCCAUGUCGCCGGCUCACCCUCACUCGCGCCUUCAGCCUGGAGCCGCUGGCGGCUUCUCUACCAUCAAGCGAACUCAAAACGUUGCUGCUAAAGCUGCGGCCCAGCGUCUGGCUCAGGUCAUGGCGUCGCAGUCCGCCAACGCCGAUGAUGAUGACGAUGACGACGAUCUGGGGUUUCGGUACCCGCCACCUUCUAGGCCCUUGGCAUUCAACAAUAAUUCUGGUGGCAACUCCGCUGCUGUGCCGGCGAUGUCGUUUUCUCGGCCUAAUAGAUCUCCCUCUCCUGCGUUAGGUCGGAACUUUGUAGAUCAUACUCCGUCCGUACGGUCUACUUCGGCUGGAAGACCGUCUGUUUCAGUUCGUUCAACAACUGUAGUACCACCAAGCAGAUCCUCAUUGAGGACUCCAGUGUCGAUACCUCCUAUUGACCCUCCUACUAAUAGGAGCAGAGAUAAUAAACGGUUUUCAGCAGAUAUUGGACAAAUUAACUUAAAAAACCCUGCGGAAGAGCGUGAAGCUUCGGCACUUCGAGAUGAACUUGAUAUGCUACAAGAGGAAAAUGAAAAUAUACUUGAUAAGCUUCAUACUGCAGAAGAAAGACGUGAGCAAGCAGAGGCAAGAGCUAGGGAGCUUGAAAAACAGGUUGCAUCUUUAGGAGAAGGUGUAUCUCUGGAAGCAAAAUUAUUAAGCAGGAAGGAAGCAGCUUUGCGCCAAAGAGAGGCUGCCCUGAAUGCUGCGAAACAAACAAAGGAUGGCAGAAAUGAUGAAAUUGCAGCCCUUCGUUCAGAUAUUGAGAACUUAAAAGAAGGAGCUGCAACUGCUGUGGAACAACUUCAAAAUGCAGAAUUCGAAGCAAGGUCCCUUCGCACAAUGACACAGAGAAUGAUUUUGACUCAAGAAGAGAUGGAGGAGGUUGUUCUGAAGCGAUGUUGGCUUGCUCGCUACUGGGGCUUAGCUGUACAGCAUGGCAUAUGUGCAGAUAUAGCUGUGUCAAAGCAUGAACAUUGGUCCUCCCUUGCUCCUCUUCCAUUUGAAAUCGUCAUUUCCGCUGGACAAAAAGCUAAGGAGUCCUUCAAUGCAGGUGGUGAUGAUUCAGAUCGGAGCAAGCCUGUUCGGGAUUUAAGUGAUCUUACUGGGGAAGGAAAUAUUGAGAGCAUGCUUUCAGUUGAAAUGGGUCUAAGAGAACUAGCAUCUUUAAAGGUUGAGGAUGCUGUUGUGCUUGCUUUGUCGCUGCAGCGACGUCCAAACUCUGUUCGGCAGUCAGGAAUAGAUUCCAAAGCACCUGGUGAACCCAAGUACAUGGAGGCAUAUGAUCUAAGUGAAGAGGAGGCAGAAGAUGUUCAUUUUAAAGAGGCCUGGCUUUCUUACUUUUGGAGAAGAGCUAAAGAACAUGUUGUGGAAGAAGAUAUUGCAGAAGAGAGGCUACAGUUUUGGAUCAGUCGUAGUGGGCACUCCCCAACCUCACAUGAUGCCGUGGAUGUUGAGCGUGGUCUAUUGGAGCUGAGGAAGUUGGGGAUAGAACAGCAACUUUGGGAAGCAUCUCGUAAUGAAAUUGAUUUUGCUCCUCCUUCCUCAUUUGCUAAUCACAAAAACCAAACAGAUUCUGAGAUUUCCUCGUGAUAAGAUUCCCAACCACACCCGUGUUAAGGCUGGCUGGCUUAUGCAGGUCUAUUCUUUUUUGGGGGUCUUUUUUCCUUUACUUUCGUCUCAUUAUUUUUUCUUCACAUAUAAUUUCUAGUGCCGCUCGUUUUGGAUUUUCUCGUCUUACAUGCCUUUUGGCAUCAUCAUAUUUGUUGUUAUAUAUAAUAGAGUUGGUCUAUCGUUCGUUCUAUAACAUUUACUAAAUUUGUAAUUUAUUGCAAUGAUCUUUUUGGAUUAACGUAACGCUUGUAGAUCCAUUAUUUUAUUAAAUUGAGUUUUAUGUUCAUAAGAA